GCUGUUAGACAGGAUCUGGUAGGCCGAGUAGGGAGUAUACUAUUGGGGAACAAGGUGAGUCAUAUAAGGACUGUGCGCGCAGGAUACUACUCGUAUAAGGCCGUGACUCUCUUCCUCUCUUCAGGACUCUUUGUUCGCUACAUAGUAGUAAGAUCCUUCAUAAAGUUGACCCUGCUUAAUCAACCAUGGCAGCAGCAAAGACGCAGUCUCUCUACGCCGACCUCAAACUCACUCACAAUGUCACGAAGACAUCUUCUGGCUCAGAGGUCCAUAGCUACACUUCUGACUUGGGCUCUGACUCCCCUAUACUGACCCUGAUCCAUGGCUAUCCCCAAUCUGCUUAUGAAUGGCGUCAUGUCGUUCCGCUUCUCCAAGGCAAGGUCUCCUUGUUCGUACCUGAACUUCCAGGGUACGGCAUCUCAACGCCAAUCCGCGACCCGGCCUCCAAUACCAAGCGGGCCGUUGGCACCGUAUUGCUAGAGGCCCUCGCGGACGUCUUCAAAACCAAAACAGCCUCCUCACCAAGACGGGUCAUCCUAGGCGGCCACGAUCGCGGCGCGCGAAUCAGCCACCGCCUCUCGGUCGACUUUUCCCACCCGGCCCAGUCCUCUCCCGCCCUCUACAAGGACUUGAAUCUGACCGUCCCCGGCACGAUCCUGCUCGACAUCAUCCCGACCAAGGAACAGUGGACCGCCUUCUCCGACCCGGCCAUAUGCCAGGGGUACUUUCACUGGCCACUGCUGGCCAACGCAGACCUGGCGACCGAGAUGAUCUCCGCGUUCGGCGGCGGCAACUGGGCGAGGGGGGCGCACACGCGCAUCUCGGGCCCGAACCCGAAAGCGCUGGAGAGAAUCUCGUCGCACGACGCCCUCGACAUCUACGCGGGCCUGUUCAGUGACAGAGAUACCAUCUACUACUCUGCUCUAGACUACGCGGCUGGCGCGGCCCCAGAAGCGACGGAACAAGACCAGGAUCAGAAGGCUGGCAGAAAAGUCAGCGUGCCGCUGCUCGUCAUGUUCAGUAAAGCUAAGUUGGGGGCGCGGAUUGACGUCGAGGGCGUGUGGAAGGGCUGGGUGGCCCCAGGAGUAGAUUAUGAAGGACACGGCGUGGGAGACGGCUAUGGGCACUAUUUGCCCGAAGAGGCCUUUGACAUCGUGGCAGAGAAGAUAUCGGCGUUUAUCAAGAAGGUGACAUGAGCACGUACAUAGAUAAGAGCAUGGGCCAUCUCUGGGGGCGUACACCCCAGUCUACACAGCGAGAUCAACGAAUGUCGGAGGUGAACACAAGUGAAAUGCAUCAUGAAACCCCGCCAAAAACACCAUCUCGUGUCUUGAGCGAGCGAUGUGUCAUUAUCAUAUUACAUUAUCUGCUUCCGGAUAUCUCGAGAGGGGCGUCCAAGA